AAAAUCACUUGUGUGUCCUCACAGGUCAGUGUUUGUAGUCGAGGACAGCCAUGCCUCUUGUGAAGAGGACCAUCGAGCCCAAGCACCUGUGUCGGGGCGCGCUGCCUGACGGGGUGACCAACGAGCUGGAGUGCGUCACGAACAGCACACUGGCGGCCAUUAUCAAACAGCUGGGAGGACUCAGUCGACACGCAGAGGACAUCUUCGGCGAGCUGUUUAAUGAGGCCAACAGCUUCUGCGUGCGCAUGAACGGUUUGCAGGAGCGUGUGGACCUGCUGGCGGUGAAGGUCACGCAACUGGACUCCACCGUGGAGGAGGUUUCCUUACAGGACAUCAACAUGCGAAAAGCCUUCAAGAGUUCCACUAUCCAGGACCAGCAGGUGGUGUCCCGAAACUCCAUCCCGAACCCUGUGAUGGAGGUGUACCAACGCUCCGACAAACCCCCCCCCCUCAACAUCCUCACGCCAUACAGGGAUGACAAAAAAGACGGGCUCAAAUUCUACACAGAUCCAUCCUACUUUUUUAAUCUUUGGAAGGAAAAGAUGCUGCAAGCUACAGAAAAUAAGAGGAAGGAGAAACGCCGGCAGAAGCAAGAGCAAAAACACUCGGAGGAUCCCUCUCGCGAGGUAAAGAAGGUUCGUAAAGCUCGUAACCGGCGUCAGGAGUGGAAUAUGAUGGCGUACGAUAAGGAGUUUCGUCCGGACACUCGUCUAACACCGUCUCCUUACCAUGGCAUGUCCUCUGAGGGAUCUCUGUCUCCAGAUCGAUCUGGUAUGUCAGACGAGCACUCGUACCCAGCGAGUCCAAACCACCCACCGGAGGCUGGCGGAGCAGGGGCUGAUGGGAAAGACGGCGGCCCCACGCAGACGCAGUCCCUGGACCGAGCGCACCGGCCCCCGGGCUCCACCAGUUCUGCUGGGGCCCGACAGCACUCUCUGGGACGCCUCCAGGUCCACCACGGGCCCCCAGUGCCAGAAUCAGCUCUCAACGGGCCCCGGCCAACAGCUGCGAAAGAAUACAGCGGCCAUCAAAUCCUCGAGCACCUCAUCCCACCCGCCCCCCCGCCCCCUCCUCCCCUCAUCCCUUCAUCUCAGACUGCGUUUGACAGCACAUCUGGCCCUCCAUCACUGGCUCCGGGGACAGUGAUCUCCCUGUCACGGCCCUACAGCCCCUCUCCUCCACCGGCCCCCGCCUCGGCCUACACCGGCUCCCCUUCGCAUGCUGUGAUGGGUGGCCCACCGAUGGCCCCGCCUCCCCCCCCACCGGGACCCCCCACCCACGCCCCGUCCCCGUCCCGAGGAACACACACACCUGGAGAGUCUACUCUUCCCAGAAAGGGCCAGGUGCCCCUCGUCCCCAUCAGUGAUGCCCGGAGCGACCUGCUGGCCGCCAUCCGCAGAGGUAUCCAGCUUCGUAAGGUGCAAGAGCAGAGAGAGCAGGAGGCCAAGAAAGAGCCCGUGGGGAACGACGUGGCCACCAUUCUGUCCCGACGCAUCGCAGUGGAGUACAGCGAGUCAGACGAGGACUCGGAGCCGGAGGAGAACGAGUGGUCCGACUGAGCCCGGGCCGGAGAGAACUGCGAACACCAGCAGAAUGCUGCUAUUUUACAUUCCUGCACACACACACUCGUCCUCAUGCGCUCAGAUGGUCCAUGGAUGAGGCUACUGAGGAGAUCAGAAACUGAAUCUGUGCAAUGCAAAGUGGAAGGACACGGUGCAAGUGCACAAUUAGAG